AUGGCUCGCCUACGCAAAGCCAGCCCGCUGGAACCCAGCAUCUUCUCUCGACAGCCCAGCCAAGCUCUACCAACGCGCUCAAGUCCUAGGAAGGCUGUGCGUGAAGUUAGCUAUGUUGUCUCCUCUGACGAAGACGAGGAGAACGUACCCCUCAGGCCUAAGCCUUCAAAGCGUGACCACAGCGACCCGUCGUCCUUCUUCCAAGAUGACACUUUUUAUAUGUCGAAAUCAAACGCGAGCCCCUCAAUCUCAACACUGACCCCGCGGAAGCAACGCAUUCUCCGACCUGUUGAGAGCAAUAGCCGCCUGCUGAGAAAGCUGAGUGAUGAGAGUCUUGCUAGUCCAGAGAAGAGACCUGGGUCUGAGAGGAGAGCCAGGAGAGAGCGGAUCGGGACACAGGACAUCGACAUGGAAGUCGGGAGGAAACGAACUCUCCUGUAUGCGAAGAGCUUGGCACGGAGCGUUGCAGGCCGGGAAUUGAGGAAAGCAAGCUCAAGGAUCGAUGUUGUGGAUAGUGCAGAAGUGUGGAGCCCAUCAAAGACGAAAGAGAAGAAAGAACCAGCAGUUCUUGAGAUCGAGAUCGAGGCUGAGCCAGAGGAAGAGACGAGUAUACUCUGUGGAGACGAGGGAGACAUGGCCCAAGAAGAAGAGCAACAGCAAGUUGAAACAAACAACGUGGAGGAGCCUACAGUUGAAGAGUGUGAUAGCGAUGACGAUGAGGACAUCGUCCUACCGGUCAGAUCAAGACAACGGCGGCCCCAGAGAUGCAUCGAAUCUGACUUGGAAUCUGAAAAUGAAGGAAUAGCAGCGGCAGAUGAGGUACCGAAACAGCCAGCAGCAGAGUUGGAAGAGCUGGAGCCAUUGGUAUCCAUGCGACCCCCUCAUCGAAAAGGACACAGUACCAUCUCGAACUGGGCGCAGGAAGUCGUCGACCUGACAGACUCGCCAAAGGCUCCAGACUCCUUCAUUUUACCAGAGUCGACACGUGCUCGCUCAUCAUCCUUCGCAGUGUCACGCCCUGCAACAUCCUCUUCUGAUGGUCUUCAGCCAUUCCUCACAUAUUCACCCACUCCUACCAAGAGGCGCUCGCCCUGCAAAGCGCCUCCAAUUCCACGACCCACGACUCCUACCCUCGCACCUCCCAGCCCCACAAAACUUGUUUCACCCUCGAAGAAGCAGCAACAUAUCCCAAAGGCACCAGAUCUGCGACCUAGCCUUGACGCGUUCUGGAACCCUGAGGUUGUCAAUGACUGGAACGACCAUCACUCGCCUGCAAAGCCUCUUGUAUCGCCUAGGAAGCAGCAAUGGCGCGAAGAUGUAGUCAAGAUGAUGGGCAGUAUCGAUUUAGAAGAAGAAAGCAGCAGCGAGGAGGCAUACACAAGUCCCAUUGCAAACCCCAAGAAAAAGACCUCCCGAUCACAACCCCCACAGAAAUCGAGUUCCGAUGUCUCGACCCCAACCGUGCAGCAAAUCCGGGCUCAGCGCAAAGAAUUCACGGAAAGGAAACACGACAUUGCCGCCUCAUUCCUUGCCGAGCUGGAUGAUACGAUCUGCUCCGGCACAAUAUCAAGUCUCUCACAAGCCACCGGCGGAAUAAAACUGAUCUGGUCCAAGACGCUCAAAACAACCGCCGGCCGUGCCAACUGGCGACGCGAAGUAAUUCGCCUGCGCACCUCAUCGCCAGGCGAAGCACCCACCUACACAACCGAAACGCGACAUCACUGCUCCAUCGAACUAGCGUCCAAAGUCAUCGAUGACGAGCACCGGCUGUACAACGUGCUAGCGCAUGAAUUCUGCCACCUGACCACUUUCAUGAUCAGCGAGGUGCGCAACAACCCGCACGGCGCAGAGUUCAAGGCCUGGGGACGCAAGGUAUCCGACGCUUUCCGCGAUCGAGACGUCGAGGUCACUACCAAGCACAGCUACGCCAUCGAGUACAAGUUCGUCUGGGAGUGCGUCAGCUGCGGAUACGAGUUCAAGAGACACAGUAGAAGCGUGGAUACCAAGCGGCACAGCUGCGGCAAGUGCAAGGGUGCGCUUGUACAGACUAAACCGACACCGAGAGGCGGCGUUGUAGGCAAGGAUGGUAAGGUCGGCGAGGCGAAGAAGUCGGACUACCAGAUCUUCGUCAAAGCGAACUUUGCUAGAGUUAAAGGCGAGAUGGCGGCCCAGGGAUUGAAUAAGCAGAUGGGCAGGGUCAUGGAGGUUGUGGCGAGAGAGUACAGGGAGAAGAAGGAGAGGGAGAAAAACGUGAGCAAGAAGGUUGUUGAUGAGCUUGAUGAGGCGCUGGAGGGGCUGAAGUUAUGA